UCACAUCUUUCUUGAAUCCAAAUUAAAGUACCAAACGACCCAAAUAUUUCCAAUACUAUAAAGAAGCGAACUAGGGCAUGAACAUCCAUUCCAUUUGCAUUGCAGAAGAAGAAAUGAAGGUAGCCCAAAAAGUAGUACUACUCUUCAGAGAUCCAACUGGCUUCGGCACCGCCAUCUUCAAAACUCUUCAACCAAACCCUAACUCAAACCUUCAAAGGCGACAAGAAUCGCUGGAUUUAUCCUUGCAAAGUUACGGAAUCAAAGAUCAAAAGGUUUCGGUCGAAGUCGUUCAUUUUCUACAUGGCCCGAAUCCCGAGGUGUCUUUGUUACUACUGGAAAACUACGAGCCUCCAACACUUGCUUGUGCUCUCAAUGAAGUUCUGGCAUUGUUAGUAGGAGAUGGGUUGUCAAAUAGGCCCACAAUUGUAGCCCCUUUUGUUGUGGCUGCAACGAAGCUUAAGAUGGGAAAUAGAACUUCUGUUGCAGUUGACAAUACAUCAGUUUAUGGGUUGCAAGUAGGUUCCUCUAGUGGCCUUACUAAAGCUUUGUGCACAAAUUUGCAAAGCCCUCCCCCGACGUUGCAGAUUUUCAAUGAACAGUUGGCCUGUUUACUUCAACUGGCCCGAGUCAUGAAGAUGCCCACUUUUGUUAUAAUUGGCAAAAAAGGUCAAAAUUUGCAUCGUAAGACUUCAGAAGAGGAACAUGAGGUGAUACAUGAGAUAGGACUGCAUUUGGCUAGCUUCUCAUCUCUUAGUUUCUCAGGAGAAAAGAUAGCAUGGGAUGCAACAAAGUCUUCAAGAGAAACUCAAGAGCCUUGGCGUGCAUUAUAUGGUUGAAUCUUCUUGCUGGUCAUAAUCAGCGGCUAAGCCUAAGCAUGAACGCUGAUUCAUCUAACAUGUCGUGUUAUUGGUUUCAGUAUGCUUCUAGGCUAGGAGGCCUAGCAGAUCUGGGGGUAAGCACAGUUGUGUCUGGUGUAUCGACCUGAAGAGACACUAAUAAUUCCUGGAGGCGGAUGAAGUUGAUUGCAUUCACGUUGUAGUUUCGAAACAAAAUGUAAAGCUUCUUUCUUUCCGAGAUCUACUACUAUUUAGUACUGAUAUUCCGUUCUCAAUUUUCUUUCUUGCAUCGCAUGACAUGUGUUGCUUAACUAGUGAACCACAUAACAAGAAAAAAAAAUGGCUCUUUGAAUCAAAUAUGAAAGGAGAGAUCAGACUUAUGAAUAGCUCUCUGAAUCUGAUAAUAUAGUACACUUUGAUGUGUAUCCAAAUUGAGAAUUUGCUCUU